AUGAAUCCAAAUGAAAUGCUAUCGCCAGUUUUCAUUGAUGAACCAAUUCAUGUAAAACCAGCACCAGUACGAAUUCGUCAUUUCUUUGUAUUCUCGCUCAUUUCCAGCGUUUUUUUAUGCCCAGCAACAGGUCUCGUUGCACUGGCUUAUUCAUUGAAAAGUUCAGCUAAAGCUGAUGUUAACUUUCAUGAUAAAGCUCGAAUGUACUCACGCUAUGCUUUAAUUUGGAAUAUCAUUUCGGUUGUUUUUGCUGUCGUGGUAUUUUUUGUGACUAUUGCAGUUUGUUAUCAAAUGAAUACAGGCAUGAAAAUGUAUCAUAAUCCAAUGCAUCAGCAACAACAGCAUGAUGAUAUUAAGAAAUUAAUUCAAUCGAUUACGAAUAAUUAA